AUGCAGACUGGGACGGUUGACAACACAAUCUGCAUCAUGGCAUCAUGUUCAUUAUUAGUUGGCGCUACGCCUGGACUUUUCGAGCCUGAGCCCGCCGGCGGCGGUGCAAGAGUUGACUACACCCUGGAGCCACCGAAGUAG